GGUCCUUGGCCCUUUUUGCGCCCCCGUCAUCGCCUGGUCGCUGCCCGGUCGACCGGCUCGGAGGCCGUCUUGGUCGCCGUCUUGGUCGCAUCCGUCGUCGCCCAUCUUGGUCGCCCAUCUUGGUUUCUGUUUCAGCCCCGGUCGCCUGCACCUCCCAUCCCCCCAGGUCUCCGUCGUGAACCAAACCGGCUCGUUCAAGCACUCGACCACAAUCCUCCACUCGGCCCAAUGCAGACAGAGGAGACGCUGGAUUUUUUGGAUGGGGCCGAAUUCGUCGUCAUGGAGGGCGAGCAAUCAAGCAUCCCCGAGGUUGCUGCCACAAUCCCGGUGGUCGACGACCCAACGCUGCCGUGCAUCACUCUGCGUUUCUGGGUGAUCUCGACGGUGCUGUGCUGCUUCCUGUCGCUGAUUAGCGCAUAUUUCAACCUGCGGCGGUCAGUGUUGAUGCUGACGCAGCUGUGCACCGCGCUGCUGAUAUACCCGCUCGGCCAUCUCAUGGCCCGACUACCCAGCCGAGACAUAUUCUUUGGUCGAGUUGGACUCCGGCUGAAUCCUGGCCCGUUCAACUACAAAGAGCACACCCUGAUUAUCGCUGCCGUGGGCACAGCGCUGUUCCAGCCCAUCGCCAUCAACAUCAUCGUCAUGCUCAAGUUCAUCGUCACCGCCUCUCCGGUCGACUCGACCAAUACCGAGUCCCUCAAAUGGUACAAGGAUCUGGACCCGCUGCUGGCGAUCCUGUUUGUGUUCACGACCCAGUCGUUCGGAUACAUGAUCGCGGGGCUCUUUUACCGGAUCUUUGUCGAGUGGGAAAAGAUGUGGUGGCCGUCGACGCUGGUCAUUGGCAAUCUGCUCCACACGCUGCAUGCCACCACCACCCAGACUCUCACUCGGUCGCGGCUGAAGCUCUUCAACUGGGUGAUGAUCUUUUCGUUGAUCUACGCCUUUGUGCCGUCGUAUUUUGCGCACUUUUUCCAGUCCGUGGCGCUGCUGUGCCUCUUUGGCGGAGGCCCGGCUCGGAAACUCGUCAACAACCCAAGCUCCAUGUCGCCCUCGGAUCCAGCCCCGAUGCUGGUGCAGAUGGGCUCGUCGGUCCAUGUCAACUCUGGCGGCGUCCUGGCGCUGUCCUUUGACUGGUCGUGCAUCGCCCAGUUCAUGCCCUUCUAUACCCCGCUCUGGGCCACGCUCAACGUGCUGCUCUCCUCGAUCCUUUUCACAUGGAUUGUGGUGCCUCUGCUCUACGUCAAGAACUUUUGGAAUGCACAGCUCUUUCCAAUGUACGGCAGCGGCGUCUACUCCAACAACGGCAGCGACUACAACAUCGACCUGAUUCUGGACUCGGGUUUCUUCAACAGCACAAAGUACGAUAGCUAUCCGAUGAACCUCUCGCCGGGCUAUGCCCUCUCGUUUGGCUUUGGCAUCGCAUCGCUCGCGGCGACCAUCGUCCAUGUCCUGCUCUACCACGGAAAGGAAAUCAUCGACAGCCUACGGUCACCCAAGGACUCACUCGCCAUCCUGAAGCGGGACGUCCACGCCAAGCUGAUGAACGCCUAUCCAUCCGUGCCGGACAAGUGGUAUUACCUCUUUGGCGCCACGGUGAUCUCGUUUGCGAUCUUUGUGCUCCAAAACUCGUAUCAGCUGCGGGCGCAGUGGUGGAUAUUGUUUAUGUGCACGAUCUUGCUUGGCAUCUUCAUCAUGCCGAUGGUGGCCAUCACGGCAAUCGCGGGCCUCAACGUCAACUCGAGCAUUCUGUUCCUGUUCCUGGGCGGCAUCCUGCAGGCGGGCGAGCCCGUGUCCGUGGCCGUCUUCAACGCAUACACAACCCAGGCCCUCUACGGCGCCAUGGGCUUUCUGUGGAACUUCAAGCUUGGCCACUACAUGAAGGUUCCGCCGCGGGCCACGUUUGUGGCCCAGAUCUAUGGAACCGCCCUGAGCAGCAUCUUUGGAUACGCCUUCACAAUCAUGUUCAUGUCGACGAUCCCGUAUUACACCCAGCACGACAAGAUCUACGGUCCGCCCAACCGCGACGGGUGGUUCCCCAUCAGCGCCUACCUCCUCAACUCGACGACGCUCAUCUAUGGACUGAUCUCGCCGAUCCGCGAGUUUGAGGGCGCCUACUGGCCGCUGAUGCUCUUUAUCCCGAUCGGGCUCAUUGUGCCGGCGAUAUUUUACUUGUUGCACCGGAUCUUUCCCAAGUGGGGGCUGUACUAUAUCAACUGGCCGAUCAUCUUCUUCGGCACCGGCGUCAGCUUCAACUUUGGCCCAACGGGCGUCUUCUCGGCACUGAUUGUUGCGAUCAUAUCGCAGUACUAUGUGCGCAAGCGGUUCCCCAACUGGUACUUCAAGUACAACUAUAUCUUUGGCGGUGCGCUCGACGUCGGUACCGUCUUACAGGCGUUCAUCCAGUUCCUGUUGCUGCUGCUGGUCCCGUCGCAGCUGCAAUCGACAGCGAACGAAUGGCCCAACUGGGUCCUGAACAACUGGGACAAAUACUCGGACGGCUCGUAUGUCUGGGAGACUUUUGAAUACUGCCUGCUGAACGAUCCGCCGUCGUCUUGAUGGCGCCAGCAGCCACCU